AUCGUCCCCUUCCUUCUUUCCCUAUCGUCUCUGUUCGUUAUCAGAUCUGAAUCAAAUUUAAACCCUCAACAUUAGAAAUUUUUUCUCUUUUACCCUUAAGAGAGCUUGGAUCACUCCAUUGAAGUGACCACCUUGUUCUGGAUUGAAGAAAGAGCUACCUCUGUAACUUAAUCAGGAGGCCGAAAAAGGGAGUAUCAUUGAUAUGCAGGGCACUCCUUAGAAUUCUCCUUAGAUCAUGUAUGAAGGCGUAAUCAGACAUUCGAUAUAUUAUUUCAUGCUAGUUCUGAUUCGGUUCUUCAAUUAAAAAUGUCUGGUGGAGAGGUCAGAAGGGUUUCACGCCAAGAUAUACAAGUGGUGCAAGAUCUUAUUGAACGAUGUCUUCAGUUGUACAUGAACCGGGAAGAGGUUGUGGAAACUCUUCUAGAUCAGGCAAAAAUAGAACCUGAUUUUACUGAACUGGUUUGGCAAAAACUUGAAGAAGAGAACAAGGAAUUUUUCAAAGCCUACCAUGUUAGGUUGAUGGUGAAGCAGCAGAUAGAUGUUUUCAACAAGUUGCUUGAGAAACAGGUUGAGCUCAUGCAUAAGAUAUGUCCAGCUGGAGUUGCUCCCAUGCCUAAUUCUAAUGGAUCUCAUACCACACCGUCAGUACAGCAGACUCCAGCGUGUUAUGUAUCAGAGCAUACAAUACCAUCUUCAAGGAUGGAGAACAUGCACCACCCAAUUGGUCCUAACAUAUCUAAUACAAUCAUAAAUGAUGGGCGUUCGGUGCACCACAUCAUGCACAUUGCUGAUGAUGUCUCUGCUCAUACACACAGGGCAGAUGUCUCCCCUAGUAUGCUGUCAACUCAGAAUUCACUCAUGGGAAUAACACAAGGAAUGAAUGGGGUGGUGAUCAAACAAGAAGCUGGCUACUCAAACAACUCUGCUUUUACAGUUGGUUCUGGUAGCAAUGUCUUGGAUAUGCGUCCAACAAUGGCUGAUGUGUCUGUUGCAUCAUUCAGGAGUGUAGGGUCAAACUUUCAACCGCUGAAUGAUCCACUUCUGGAUGCUGACAACUCUGCAUUUGGAUUUUUAGGGCGGAUCCCUCGAAACUUCAGUCUUUCAGAUUUGACAGCUGACUUUAAUCACAGUUCUGAUAUAUUGGAUAGUUACUCCAGGUCACCAUUCCUCACAACAAAUGCAGAAGAUUUCCUGGAAUCCCCUGUAAGGGGUGAAUGUCAAGGAGAGAAUAAGAGACUGGAUACCAUAUCAGAAGGUUUAAGUUAUGAAGAAUUUGCCAGUGAUUGAUUGGAUGUUCUUUAUUGGCAAGUGGAUGACCUUAGGACUUAGGUGCUUGUACAUAGUAUUUUGAAGUUGAGGGGGGACUACUCAAAAUUAUAUUCAUUCAAAGGAAGAGAUUACCAUGUAGUCUACAUUGUGUCAUUUGGGUCUUGAUGAUGGGUGACCUAAAAUAUGCAUGUGUUCUUUAAAACCAUGGAACCCACGCAAGCGGGGCUGACACUAUUAGGUCAUAUGUGAUUAGGCAUGCCAUAUAUAUUUCUGUUUUACGAUGAUGAUGGAGAUGUGGAUGAUUUUUGUCAUGGUUAGCGCUAUUAUAUGCGUAGGGGAAAACAAUGUAAUUUUAUUUGUAUGCAAUGAUCCAUGACA